UUUAUUUAUUUUUUCUAUUUAUUGCUAUGCGUUCCUUAAAUUAUAUUGCAAUACUAUUGAUCCUUGCCACACUUGAAGUGGUACAAGGAUGGACGCUGCAGGACGAUUACUCGCCCGGGAACUUUUUUGACAAGUUUAAUUUCUUUGAUGCUCCGGAUCCCACCAAAGGCUUUGUUCAGUACCUCAAUUACCGAGAUGCGCGGUCCAAACAUCUCUUGAUGGAAGAUGAUGACCAUAUCCUCAUCCGAGCCGAAAACCGAACCGUUACCCCUGAAGGACGUCCCUCGGUACGUCUGAGGUCAAAGGAACAAUACAAUUCGGGCCUCUUCCUUCUCGACCUACGCCACAUGCCCACCGGCUGCGGCACUUGGCCAGCCUUCUGGUUGAUUGGACCAAAAUUACCCGACAGCGGUGAAAUUGAUAUCCUUGAAGGUGUGAACCAUGAUACGUAUAAUGCCAUGACCUUGCACACGGGACCGGAGUGUACGAUGGAAAAUGUCGCAAGAACCAUGUCGGGCAAACCCCAUGGUCUGAAUUGCGAUAUGACGGCUCGUGAUGCUCUUGGCAAUAAAGGCUGCUCUGUUUUCAGUAAAGACUCCAAGUCAUUUGGUGCCGGGUUCAAUGGCGCACAGGGAGGUGUAAUUGCGCUGCGAUGGACCGAUGAUACAGGGAUUCAAAGCUGGUUUUUCGAACGAGACGCCAUUCCCAAGGAUAUCCUUGCUGGCGAACCGCAACCCGACGAUUGGCCUACUCCGAUGGCCGACUACCCAUUCACCGAGUGUAGUCCCCGCCAUUUCCGCGAUAUGGCGAUUACCAUUAAUUUGACUUUUUGCGGUAACUGGGCCGGGUCCACGUAUGCUGCCUCGGGUUGCCCCAGUAAUUGCGUGGAUUUUGUUCGUGAUCAUCCCGAGGCCUUUGAUGAAGCUUACUGGGAUAUCAAUUACCUUCGAGUUUACCAAGAGUGACACGUAUACCCCAUUUAGUAUAGUUUUGUUCUCUAGUUACGAAGUAAUAUCCAUCCAUUCAUUCAUUCAUCUCAACACAGCUAUUUUUUUUAUUAUAAG